UUGGRAAGUAAAUACUUGAGACUUGUUUUGAAUUUCCUCGUCAUUACCCGAAGAAMAAUCACCCAAGAUUUGUCUAAAAAGCUUGCUUGCAUUCCUGAGCAUGGAGCAAGAAAUUUCGUGCAAUUUCGAGCCAUUUCGCAUAAAAUCCAUCGAAACGAUAAAAACCACAACAAAAGAGGAAAGAAAACAAUAUCUUGAGGAUGCAUUCUACAAUCCAUUUCUAAUCAAAUCCGAGAACGUCAUGAUUGACCUCCUCACUGACUCUGGGACGGGCGCAAUGAGCAGCGACCAGUGGGCAGCGAUCAUGCGCGGAGACGAGUCUUACGCAGGCUCCAGCAGCUAUCACAAACUUGAGAAAGUCAUCAAAGAGAUUUAUGGGUACCGUCACGUGAUGCCAACUCACCAAGGCCGUGCUGCUGAGCGAAUCCUUUUCAAGUGCGCUGUGAAGAGUGGACAAAUUAUACCUAAUAAUGCUCACUUUGAUACCACAAGGGCAAAUAUUGAGGCUUUAGGAGCUUUCGCUGUUAACCUCCCCACUCCCGAAGCCAUGGAUAACACGUCUGAGCACCCGUUCAAAGGAAACCUUUGUGUAGAAAAACUGGAAAAGUUGCUGUCAGGAGAUCAGGGAAAUAAAGUACCAUUGGUCAUGCUGACAAUUACUAACAAUGCUUUAGGUGGCUCGGCAGUAAGCAUGGAAAACAUCAGAGCAAUAUCAAAAGUCUGUCGCUCCCACAACGUCCCACUCUUCUUUGACGCUUGUCGGUUUGCGGAGAACGCGUGGUUUAUCAAGACCAAAGAGCCUGGAUACAAGGAUAAGACACCAAAAGAAAUAUCACAGGAGAUCUUCUCGUAUGGUGAUGGAUGUACCAUGUCGGCAAAGAAGAAUGGAUUGACCAACAUUGGUGGAUUUUUAGCCAUGAAUGAUGGUGAUCUUGCAGAAAAGUGCCGCAGCGAGCUUGUAAUUUCUGAGGGUUUUGUAACCUAUGGAGGGUUAGCUGGUCGUGACCUGGAAGCGAUGGCUGUUGGUUUACAGGAAAUUCUCCAAGAACCUUACCUGGAAUACCAGAUUGAGUUCGUUAAACGUUUCGCCGACAUGCUGAUAAAAGCUGGGGUCCCAGUCCUUACUCCACCUGGCGGACAUGCGGUCUACAUCGAUGCAGAAGAAAUGCUUCCUCAUAUUCCAAAACCGAUGCUCCCAGCUUGGUCGCUUUGCUGUGCUCUCUACAUAGAAGGAGGAAUAAGGGGGGUCGAAAUAGGAGAAGUGAUGUUUGGUGGGUCAGUAAGACUGCCGCCCAACUUCAACAAGAAUGCGGACAUAGACAAUGGCGACGAUAACGAAGACCCUGAGCUUGUGCGUCUAGCAAUACCACGACGAGUGUACACUGAGUCACAUAUGAGGUAUGUUGCAGAUGUACUUGCUAAAAUUGUGAAAAACAAACAAAAUCUUGUUGGUUAUACAAUCGUCUGGGCACCAAAAGCAUUACGUCAUUUCUCUGCACACUUGGCUCCAUUCUCCGCGGAUAGGAUUCAACAGAAGUCAAGACCCGCAUUUGGGAAGAAAGUGUCGACUGGAUGCAUUCCUUUCCAAAGUAGAAGACGACGAUCGUCUGUUAUUGAUUAGAUUUUGUCUUGAUAUGUACUUAAUUUCUUAUAAGGUAUUAAAUAUAUCAAUUG